CCACGAACAAAAAAAAAAAAAGUAUAUACAAUGCCCUUCACGCAAUCGGUAAGUCGUCGUUUUUUUCUGAAGGAGUUGGAUAUGAUCGAGGGGAGUGCUUAUUAUAGGGUCAUUACUAUGUAUUUGACCAAGUUUGUUUCAUUCAAAUGGUGGGUUUUUUGGCUAUAUUUUUACCGACAUGUUUGGCCUACUGGAUCUGAAAUCUCUGGCUUCACACCUGAUUUGAAGUCAAUGAUAGAUAGUUUAUGGGUAUUUUGCCCUGCAGUUUUUAAGAAGAAUUCCUUACCCAGCAUUGGUAUCGAACAGCAAGUGCUCCUGUUUCAUACCCACCUUCAUUAUCUAGUAGAACCAAAUAUUUCUUGCCCUCUUCUCAGAUUUCAGUUGAUUGUUUCUUGGGAUUGAACUCUAAAAAAGGAAAAUGAUUGUGUCUUGGGAAAUGGGUCCAAAGAUUAAGGUCUUCCUUUCAUUGAUUUCAAUUCAAGUUUUGAUUGUAGCAGCAUCAACGAAUUCAGCUGAUGUUCUUGCUCUGAAAUCACUCAUGUCUGGCUGGACGAACACGCCACCCAACUGGGUUGGGUCAGACCCUUGUGGCGGCAGCUGGGAAGGAAUUUCAUGCACCAAUUCACGCGUGACCUCCUUGAAAUUAGGAGGGACAAAUUUGAAUGGUUACUUUUCCAAUGACAUCACAUCAUUAUCUGCGUUGCAAUAUCUGGAUCUAUCUAACAAUAAGGGUCUGACAGGAACUCUUCCACAAUCAAUUGGGAAUUUGACUAAUCUUUCUACCUUAAUGCUGAUCGGUUGCAGUUUCUUUGGUUUAAUUCCAGACUCAAUUGGAUCUCUUCAGCAGUUGACCUACUUAUCUCUGAAUUCGAAUAACUUCAGCGGACCAAUUCCGAAUUCCAUUGGUAAUUUGAAUAUUCUUAUUUGGCUAGAUGUAACCGCUAACCAGCUAAAUGGAACAAUUCCCAUCUCCAAAGGGACCACAACGGGUCUGGACAUGCUAGUUAAUACGAAGCACUUUCAUCUCGGACAGAAUCAGCUCGUUGGCAGCAUCCCAUCUCAACUUUUUAACCCAAACAUGCAAAUGAUACAUGUGAUUUUGGACAACAACCUACUUACUGACAGGAUCCCUUACGAAAUGGGAAAUGUGCAAACUUUGGAGGUGGUACGCCUCAAUGGGAAUUCACUUAAUGGUUCUGUCCCUGCAAACCUAAACUACCUUACAAGUCUCAGUGAGCUGUACUUGGCCAACAAUAAUCUGACUGGAGUUCUGCCCAACCUCACAGGGAUGGACCUCCUUAACUAUGUGGACAUGAGCAACAAUAGUUUCGACGCAUCAAGUGCUCCUCCAUGGUUUACAAGCCUACAAUCUUUGACGACAUUAAUGAUGGAACGCACCCAACUUCAAGGACAUAUACCAGUCAAUCUCUUCAGCCUUCCUCAGUUGCAGACUGUGGUACUGAGUAACAACCAACUUAAUGGAACCUUGAAUGUUGCCACAACCUCUAACAGUGAACUGACGCUCGUUGAUUGUACAAACAAUGUGAUUACGAACUAUACAAAAGCAACAGGAUCAACUGCAGAUGUAAUAUUGGCGGGUAACCCAAUCUGUAAUGGAACUAAUGCAUCACAAAGUUAUUGCUCAGCUCAGAAUUCCAAUUCCUCAAGUUCCAUACCAUCAAAUUACUGCCCAACCACAAUUUGCAGUUCAAAUGAAGUACUAAGCCCGAAUUGCACAUGCGCCUUUCCUCUCACAGGAACUCUGCACUUCAUAUCUUUCUCCUUCUCCAAUUUGGAAAACUCCACUUACUCCAAGUUCCUUGUGGGUACUCUGAUGUCGGCCUUUUUGUCCAGUCAUCUUCCAGUAGAUUCAGUUGCCGUUAGUGAUCCAACCAUCGACAUGUAUUCUUACCUUCAGUUCACAAUCCAAAUCUUCCCUUCUGGCCAAGAUGAGUUUAAUCGUACGGCAGUUUCUGGCAUUGGAACUCUCCUCAAUCUCCAACCUUUUCAGAUCAAAGAUUAUUUCGGUCCCUUCUUCUUUAUUAGUGAAAACUAUUGUUGCUUUGCAGAUGCUCCUUCCAGUACAAACAAGUCAUCAAAUGCUGGCAUUAUUGCUGGAGCAGCAGUUGGUGGUUCAGUGCUCGUGUUACUAUUGAUUGGGGUUGGAAUUUAUGCUUACCGUCAAAAGAAAAGAGUUGAAAGAACGAGUGAACAGAAUCCUUUCGCUUCUUGGGAAUCCAAUAAAACAAGUGGUGACGUUCCUCAGCUGAAAGGAGCGAAACUGUUCUCAUUUGAAGAACUUGAGAAAUGCACGGACAACUUUUCAGAAGCCAAUGUCAUUGGAGCUGGGGGCUAUGGGAAGGUGUAUAAAGGAACUAUUGCCUCUGGGCAACUAGUUGCCAUCAAAAGAGCUCAACAGGGAUCGUUGCAAGGUGCUCUUGAAUUCAAAACAGAAAUCGAGCUUCUAUCACGAAUUAAUCAUAAGAAUGUUGUCGAGCUUGUCGGUUUCUGUUACGAGCAAGGUGAACAAAUGCUGGUCUAUGAGUACGUUCCAAAUGGUACUUUAAACGAAAACCUUGCAGGGAAGGAGAGAAAGAAAAUGGAUUGGAUGAGGAGGCUCAGCGUGGCGCUUGAUUCGGCAAGAGGUCUAGCAUAUUUGCAUGAGCUUGCCAACCCUCCUAUCAUACACAGGGACAUCAAAUCAAAUAACAUCUUGCUAGAUGAUCAAUUAACUGCAAAGGUUGCUGAUUUUGGUUUAUCCAAACUCAGGGGUGAUAUUGAAAAGGGAUAUGUCACCACUCAAGUCAAAGGGACAUUGGGUUACAUGGAUCCUGAAUAUUACAUGACUCAACAGUUGACUGAAAAGAGCGACGUUUACAGCUUUGGAGUCGUCCUUCUAGAGCUCGUAACGGGAAGAGCACCAAUAGCGCGCGGAAAGCACAUUGUGAGAGUAGUGAAUGAGGCAAUGGAUGGCUCAGAAGAUCCAUACAGCAAUCUUCAGGAGGUUCUUGAUCCAAAUCUGGACAGACAUCUUGUUGGUUUGGAGAAGUUUGUGGAACUGGCAAUGAGUUGUGUAAGCGACUCGGGAGCCGGGCGGCCAACGAUGGGUGAGGUGGUGAGAGAAAUUGAAAACAUCAUUCAGAUGGCUGGUAUGAAUCUCGACAAAAUCAAAUCGGCCAACACCAUUUCAUCAGAUUAUUCAACUGAGGAGAACAUUCAAAGUCCUUAUAGUGGUGAAGACCCCUUCCACUAUAGCAUGGGUUCUCUGCCUUUCAACGUAGAGAGCCACUAAAACUGCGUUUGGAUCAUAUGCAUUUCUCGGACAAAAAAGCACAGGAAAAUUCUUGGGAUAUGUUUGAAUCGUUUUCUUUUCACCAAUCUGCGGUCAAAUUUAUACCAAAGAUAAUUGUCCCAUAUUCUUGUUUUUUUUUUGUUUUUUGUGGAGGAACAUAGUGUAUACUUGAGUAGGGAACAAUUUGGCUAUUGCAUGAGAGUUCCUUUCGGUUGAA